CCUCACUGGCGAUAUUCAAAAGCCGGCUGGACAGAAUCCUGAUGUGCUUAAGCCGUGGGGCUGGAGUAGAUGACGCCACCGGUGGUCAUUUCCAGCCUUACCAUCCUGUGAUUUUGUGAUUUGAAAGUAUGACUGGAGCAAUUCUUAAAGCAAUACUAAAACAGAGUUAGCCACGGCAUGGCCGAUGCCUUAAUUAAAGUUUAACUGCAGACCUUUAUGAGCAAAAGGUAAAACAGCAACCAAUAAGCACGCUUUAACAAAGAUGGCAGAAAUUACUGUUUCUAUUAAAUUCGCGUGUGUUGCUGGGGCUGCAAACGGUGAAUACCAUGCUGGCGACCGCUGGGAAAGAAACGCCCGACCAGAGAGAGAAGCCUUAAACAAAGAGGGUCCGGGAGAUGAUCCGGUAACAUCACUACAAGGACCACGGUGGGCUCCCGCCUGGCAGCGAAGGAUUCCUUGGCUUUGUAAAUUGCACAAUAUACUAAGGAGAGAAGACUCAUCUAGACAAGAUGCAAUUCUGGCCUGUUCUGCACUGAAGAAGAUGUAUAGGCAUAUAUUAGUUAAUGGAGCAUCUGCAAUUGAGACAGAGCAACCAGAAGAAAAACCAUCACUAAAGAUCCUCUUUGUUCAUUUGGAUGGGCCUAUAGACAUCAUUGCUGGCCGCCUGGAGAAGCGGAGAGGUCAUUUUAUGCCACCUGAACUUCUCAAGUCUCAGUUUGAUACUCUAGAGCCUCCUAGUGCACCCGAGAACUUCAUUACUGUCAGUCUAGAAAAACCUCUCCCUGAAAUAGUGCUAGAGAUUGAGAGCGCCAUUCUUCAGGGUGAGGCAUUGGUGGAGUAAUUUUCUGAAUGACACAUAUAGAAAUUCCCUUGAGGAUAUCAAGGUUAUGAAAGAGGAUUUUAAUUAUUAAAUUGAUUAUUAAAUCAAACCAAUUUAUUAUUCAUUAUACUUAAAUGGAUUGCAAUAUUAAGAGCUGGUUUACUACUCUUGGGUUUUUUUCAUCCUGGCUCUGUAAAAGACAUAAAAGGUAUAAUUUUCAAGAACUUUCAACUUUUUAAACCCUUCACUAUAUGAAGCCAAAACUCCCAUUUUAGUAAGUACCCUAAAAUGGAAGUCAACACUCCCAUUUUAGCAAGAGCCAGUAAAAUCCUGCCAAGGUCACAAAGAAUAAUUUAUUUUCUUAAUUUUAAUGUUUGCUCUGUCAGACAUGGAGAUGGGCACAUCUGCUAUUACGAGAUUAAGUAAUUUACAGCUUUGCCAGAAACAAUAUAUUUUUCUGGAAGAGACAGGAACAUGCAUGAUGUUCCUACACUACCACUGUCUCACUGCCAGAUUUUCAACAAGUUGCAGCCUCUGCAUUUGUGACCUUGCCGACCUCACCAGAGCACUGAUGACAUCGUGAGAACUUUCAUGAACUCUUACUGUAUGCACUGAACACGAAGCUAAAAAAUGUGAGACAAAAAAAGGCAGUGGUGGUGACACAAUAUACAAAAUACAAUUGUAUGGACAGCUUUGGAAAUAAAGUAUAAGUGGCAUCAUGCUGGCUCUGAA